UUUUGCUUCGCUGCUGUGUUGUGUGCGGCCAUCUUUGCUUUGGGGCAGGCAGGCUCAGAAGAGAAGAUUCCACUCCGCAGCGAAAAAUUUUCGGGUGAGUGCGUACGUGCGUGUAAUUUUCCAUGAUUUUUCGUUUUCCCCACGGUCAAAGUUCGAGUGUGUUUCGUAGUUUGAUUGGUUCUUUGUUUCGGCCGUACGAUUUCGACGCGAUUUAAGUUCCCGUACCUCGUCGUAUCGGGUUGAGCAAAAGUGCGGAUUCCCCGGAAGUAGUGAAACUAGUUUUUUUUUGUAUUUGGUUGAUUCAGGUUCAGGUACAAGUGCUGGGAAUUGUGUACCAAUCUUCCCUUCUUCCCGCAGUCGAUUUGUGAGAAAAAGUGAAUUGCCAACUUACAUGUUUUGGGGAGAAAUUUCUUUCAUAAAUAUAAAUAAUCACCUCUUCCUGGACUGAAGUUCAUUUGCAUCGCUCUGUAAGGUUUCAUUCGUUUCAUCAUCAUCGCGCUGUCGCUCUUUGCUGGUAAUGGGUGGUAAAAUCGUACUCGAUGCAACAAGGAAACGCUGAAAAGACAUUAAACGAAGGAAAUUUACCAGAACGCGUAUGAGGAAAAAAGGUCGUCGCAAAAAGCGAAAGCCGAAUGUGGUUCGAUGUUGGUUUUGUUUGUGCGCGAGUGGAUUACGGUACCCUUACCUACCGACAGAUUAGUAAUAACGGGUUAGAGUAAAAAUCUCGAAAGCCACCGUGGAAGUGAAAAAAGUUCGACGAAGUAACUUUGAAGGAAUAGAGCCUAUUGUUUGGGUUAGCCCGCAGUGAGUUGGAACGUGUGCGCAGAUUCUGUCCACCGUUGCACGGGUGGAGAAUUUCUACAUGGAGAAACAGUAAACGGAAUCUAGGAACAAGGAGACUCUAAGGACAUUGGAAAAGUUGCUGCGAGCCGAUAGGUUAAUGCCGCAGUACGCGAGCUUCAAAGGUCGUAGAAAUUCCACGACUAGAAUCGAUUGUAGUCAAGUAGCUAGCUGCGCAGCCCUUGGAUUAACUUCAAGAUAAACCCUCCCGGCGAAAGAAGGAUGUGGAGCACCAGCAAUGGUUCCGGCGGUGGCGCUGGCGGCCAAUCCAAUAACAACAACAACAACAAUAACAAAACGCUAGGAAUGACAUCGGCCAUCAGUUUGGCCGAACCGAAACCGGACGACUUCCUGAAGACGGGAGAACUGGAAAAGGCACUCGAACCGUACAACGUGUUCGAGGAGGAAUCGGAACUGAAUCACCGAAUGGAGAUCCUGUCCAAGUUGAACACACUCGUCAAACAGUGGGUGCGGGAUGUCUCGGUUGCAAAGAAUAUGCCGGAAGCGGUAGCGGAGAAAUUGGGUGGAAAGAUUUACACCUUUGGAUCGUACCGGUUGGGGGUGCACCACAAGGGUGCUGAUAUUGAUGCACUGUGCGUGGCUCCACGGAACAUCGAGCGAUCGGAUUAUUUUGGUUCGUUCUUUGAGUUGCUCAAAAAGCAACCGGAAGUAACCGAGUGUCGAGCUGUUGAAGAGGCUUUCGUACCUGUAAUUAAGAUGAACUUUGAUGGGAUCGAGAUCGAUCUGCUGUUUGCGCGGUUGGCACUCAAGGAAAUCCCGGACAACUUCGAUUUACGCGAUGAUAUGCUGCUGAAGAAUCUGGACCCAAAGUCGGUUCGCAGCUUGAACGGAUGUCGUGUCACCGAUGAAAUCCUGCGGCUUGUUCCAAAUAUUGAUAACUUUCGAUUGGCUCUGCGAGCGAUCAAGUUAUGGGCGAAAAAGCACGGAAUCUAUUCCAAUUCACUGGGAUAUUUCGGAGGUGUUUCAUGGGCUAUGCUAGUUGCCAGAACCUGUCAACUGUACCCGAAUGCAGUGGCCGCUACGUUGGUACACAAGUUUUUCCUGGUAUUUUCACGCUGGAAGUGGCCACAACCGGUCUUGCUAAAGCAACCGGAUACGGUUAAUCUCGGAUUUCAGGUGUGGGAUCCACGAGUUAACGUUCAGGAUCGGUUUCAUCUGAUGCCGAUUAUCACACCGGCAUAUCCCCAGCAGAAUUCCACAUUCAACGUGUCUAGUUCGACGCGGAAGGUAAUGUUGAAUGAGUUCAACCGGGGCAUGCAGAUCACGGACGAGAUCAUGCUGAGCAAAGCCAACUGGGAUAAGCUGUUUGAGGCUCCAAGUUUCUUCUUCAAGUAUAGGCACUUUAUCGUACUGCUGGUCACUUCCAACAAUGCCGAUGACCACCUGGAAUGGUGCGGACUGGUCGAGUCCAAAAUUCGCUACCUGAUUCAAAAUCUUGAGCGAAGCCAGCAUAUCAACCUGGCCCAUGUAAACCCGAAGUGUUUCGAUCAGCACGAACACACUCCGAACGAUCGACAGAAAGACGGCGAUGGUGUUAAACCGGCCCAUUUGUGCGCUCUAUGGUUCAUCGGGUUAGAAUUUGAGCGAUCGGAGAAUUUGAACGUGGAUCUGACCGAUAGCAUACAGAAUUUCACGGAUUCGGUGCACAAACAUGCGGUGCACAUAAAAGUACUGAAGGACGGUAUGAAGAUCGAAGCUCGACACGUCCGACGGAAGCAACUGAGUCAAUAUCUGGAUCCGAAUCUGCUCAAGCGAGAACGCAAAAAUUCCGAUUCAGGCAUUGUGCAUUCUAUAACGGCCAACGCAAGCGGUGGUGGUGGUUCUGGUCGGAAGCGGUUGUCGUCGGAGAAUAUUCACACACCGCCGGCGGUUAACAAAAAAGGAAGGAACGAUUCCUUCGAGCACUGUUUGUCCAACUCAUCCUCCCAGUCGUCGCAGUGUUCGGUGGCGGCAUUGGCGUCAUCACCAAACAACACUUCGGCAGCGGCUUUGAACAAUAGUAGCACUAACAAUAGCAGCACAGUCUCGGUUGCGACUGAAUCAAGCUGUGCCCUCAACGAUAGCACGGUCAGCAGUCAUAAUAACAGCUCCACUGUUGUGACACUCGAUGAGUCCUCGUCGGAAACGACCAGCACCCAAUCGCAGAGUCAGAUCACUCAACAGCAGCCAAUUCAGCAACCGCAGCAACAGUCACUACAACCCCAACCACAGACCGCUGCCGAAGUCGUUUGCUCAUGACAGCCGAAUCCGUUCCGAAAGGUUAACAACAACAGUUGCCACCAGAAUCAAGCUCUGCAUCCCAAUCUCAACCAUAGCCAGCAGCAGCAGCAGCAGCAGCAGCAUAGUAGCAGCUAUGCUGCAAACAGUAGUACUAAGAUGAUGAUUGAUCCUAGCAAUGGUAGUAGCGCGAGUGGAAACGGGACGGGUAAUUACGCGAGUGCGAACCGGAUGCAGUUUGCUGAAGUAAAGUCUUCGUAAACUGAUUGCAUAUUUUUACGUUGAAACUUUUUACCCAACAAAGCAGCCGUCGCCAGGAAACGGCCAACGAUUGCUAUUUCAUUCAUAAUACAGAUAAAUUUUCUCGUAACGUUAUUAGGAAAACAGAUAACAGAUGGAAACGAUGACCGAACACAACAUUCAACUAAGGUAAGAGAAGAAAAUGGACAUUAAUUACCGAUUGAAAGUGAAGAGCUGUAUAAGAAAAGAAGAAAAAGGUAGGAGGAAAGUAUGAAACGCGACAAAGAUAAUGUUAUCAAAUCUCAUUGCAAAACAAAUGCCGACAAUGGUUGAGACAGACACUAUCACAAACAGAGAUAAAAUGGAUCAAAGAGCAACUAUCUUAUAUACUAAAAAAGAAGCAAAACAUUCUGUACAUAGUAAAGUUAUAGGAACACUGGUAGAAAUGUCAGGAGCUCAUUUAUAGUUGAAUAAGACAUAAACAACACUUAUUUAUAUUCGCGAGCCUGCUUCGUUCCAAGUAAGAUAAUUUUUUUUCUUUCUAAUUUUACAAACAGCACAGUUAAAUAUUACCGUUCUUUUGGAAGACAGCAAAAGAGAAACAAUCGAUCACUUGUUAUAUUUCUCAUUUUUAUAUAAACACGAGAAAACUAGCAACUUGUUCGAAUCCCCUCCCACUUUUGCAGGUUUUAGAACUCCCCGGGCCCGUGCCUUUCGAGGUACAAUAAAUCACAAGCAAAAGUGCAAUCACCAAAAAUGGCAAAGACAAAAAAUGCGAGAGAAAGCCGACAUGAACUAUUUGAUUUUUAAACACACUGUAAUCAUUUUUGUUUGAUAGAUUGCCCGAGCGGUUCGGUGUGUAGACUCUUGUUAGUGGCGAUGUGUAGUAGUUUUGACUAGCAAAGGUUCCCAGGUCUCAUUCAAGAGUAGAGAAAGAGAGGGACAUUUUACACAAAAAUUUCUAUCGAUUUAGGGAGGAUUUUACCGUUGAGGCAAACGAUGAACGAGAUAGGACAGCAGACAUAGGUAAUGUAACGAUAUUUCUCUGUAAAUAUAAACCCAUUCAUUAUUACGAGUAUGAACUAGCAGGAUGCAGAAUAAGCGUACGAAGAAGGAAAACAUGUUUCGCCGCCUGGCAAAAGGUAGCAAAUGAGUAAGGAAGGAGAAUUUAUGUAACUGAACUUAUAUUAAUUUACUUAAACAACUGCAAAGAAGUGGUGAAAAUGCAUUGAACGAGAAUGAACUUUAAAAUCCAUUUUUAAACAAAUUCGGAUUUUAUUUUUAUAAAAUAACAUCCACACGUCGUGUAAUAAACGAAAAUGAUUCAUCUUGAAAAGAAAAAAAGUAAAAAAAAAUAUGGACAUAAAAUGUUUGGAAAGAAGUCUAUAAAUAAAUAUCUAUAACAUAAAAAUAUGAAAGUAUAAAAUCAUUCAAAAUAAAAAAAUGGUAUAUAACAUACGAGGGAAACAAAAGCUCUAUUCUCAUUGUUCAGAUUUUCAUUCAAGCAUUAUAUUGACAAAAAAUGACGACAGAUUGCUACAAAAGCGGUGAACAAAACGUGAACUAUGGCUGAGGAAAAGGUAAACCAGGGACAGCGAUAAUUGACAAAAUUUGACUCAACACUCUUCUAAACGUACGAACAGUUUAUGUGAAAAAAAACCUACGGAAUGGAACAGAUUGUCGCGCGUUUCAUGAAGCACUGCACAGGAUGGAUAGAAAAAAAAGGAAGUAAGGCUUUUCUGGUGAAGGUUUCGGAUUGAAUGGCUCGUUGAAAAAAAAAAAUGAAAUGCAAAAAAAAAUAAUUAAAUAACAACUAGCCUCUUUCGAACUGGAUCCCGGGAGCCCAGGUUGCAGGUUAUUUAAUCCAUUAGUUGAAGGCAAAGGGUAAGCUAGGUGAUGCCGGAACUGGCAACUUGUGUAAAAUUCCAUGUAACGCAAAACAACAUUUCGGAGAGAGUUUCAAUAAAGGUAUAUUUAUCCACGUUUCGACAGAAAGAAAA